AUGGAUAACAGCAAGCCAGUGAAGACGCCUCAAGAUCCCGGUCUGAAGCUCACCAAGGACAUGUGUGACCAAGAAUGCAACCACGAAGACACCAUGUGCGACGUGCCAUAUCAAAGUGCUGUCGGAGGCAUCAUGUAUCUCAUGGUCGCCACACGUCCGGAUCUAGCUGCUGCGGUGGGAACAUUAUCCCAAUUCUCGUCCGACCCAUGCCCGACUCACUGGCAAGCUUUGAAGCGUGUGCUGAGAUACCUGCAAGCAGCGCCCAAUCACGGUCUUGAGUUCACACGUGAAGAAGGAAGCCGUAUCUGCGGGUACACCGACGCAGAUUGGGCCGGCGACAUUGAGUCAAGAUGA